CUCAUCUUAUGUUGUUGAUGUUCACAGUUUAUGGUUUCAACCAAUCCUUACUCAGAUUCACACUGCAGGAAACGUUCUGCUCUCUGGUUGUAUGUAUUAACUGAAUAAUGUGCAUCGAAGCACAUUUUAAUAACGGCAGCGCCUUUCUGAUACUAGUUGUGUAGACUCAUUUUCCUAAACAGAAGGAAAGAGUUGUCCUGAAAUUCUUUCUGAGAAAUGUGGCGAUACAGUGAUAAUGGUUGAUCUAAUGUAGUGUUUACUAUAAACGGUGAUCAAAAGAAAACGCCUUCGCUUCCAGAUAAUUCCACGAGAAACUACUCUUCCUUCUUGACAUAUCGGCUUUUGGUCUAGUUGUUGGAUGCAAACGCCGAUCAAAAGAAAAAGCCUUCGCUUCCAGACAAUUCCAAGGAAACAUUCUUGCGUCGAUCUUGAUUUAUCGAACUCAACGAAAGAAACAAAAGCAAGCCAUGUAGCUACAGAAGCAAAUUUGAAAGCUUUGCAACGGAAUGUGGUGAUGACGAGCACUGUGAUAUCGUUAGACAUAUAACAAAGUGCUUAGUACAUAGCAGUUUACCUUGGAUUCGUUUUGAGUGAUGAUUAAAAAUCCAGCUUACAUUUGACCCAAGUGUUAAAMGUAUGCUAGUGAUUGACUGUCCACCUUUAAGAUGAGAAGAGAAAAUGAUGAUCCACAUUUCCAAAUCUUAAAAGGAAACGAUCGAAAAUAGUAAUAAACUGAACAAAGGAGAUCAAUCAAAUAAUGAGUUGGUUAUUAAGAUAUUGGUAUGGAAUUUCAACAAACACCACUCCUUUGAUAAACGUUAUUCUCGACGGCAAUAAUGAACUAUCACGUGAGCUAAUUACUCAAGGUGUAGACCCCAAUGUCACAGAUGAUGAAGGACAAACACCUUUGAUGGCUGCUGCAUUCAUGGGCAAUAAAUGGUUUGCUGAAAUAUUAAUUGAUGCAGGUUCUGAAGUCAAUCAAAGAAAUCAUAGUCAACAAACGGCCCUCUUUUAUUCACUUGAAAAUGACCAGGAAGACGUUACACGACUGUUGAUUGAGAAAGGUGCUGAUGUCAAUGUAUCUAAUAAAGAUGGACAAACUCCUUUAUUCAGUGCAGCUAAAAAUAACAACAAAGAGGUUGCACGACUGUUGAUUGAAAAGGGUGCUGAUGUCAAUGUAUCUGAUAAAGAUGGACAAACUCCUUUAUUCAAUGCAACUACAAAUAACAACGAAGAGGUUGCACGACUGUUGAUUGAGAAAGGUGCUGAUGUCAAUGUAUCUGAUAUAGAUGGAGAAACUCCUUUAUUCGAUGCAGCUGCAAAUAACAACGAAGAGGUUGCACGAAUGUUGAUUGAGAAAGGUGCUGAUGUCAACGCUUGUUCCAAGUUUGGAAAAAAUCCUUUAACCAUAGCACUUGAAUGGGGCAACGAGGACACUGCAAUGACAUUGAUAAACACUGGUGCCGAUGUCAAUGUUUGUAACAAUCAUGGAGAGAUUAAAAGUCUACAUAUUGCUUUGGAUUAUAAAAUGUAUAAAGUUGCAAAAAAACUGUUCGAAUUAAACCCCACAGAUAUGGAUGUUGAAGACAACAAUGGUGGAACGGCCAUAUUUCAUUUGCUAGGGGUAUAUGUGGACGACAUUUUGGAAGAGGGAGACGAUAUAUACUAUGACAUUGAUGAAAGAGAAGAACUUGUUCGCAAAGUGGCUUCUUCUUGUAAUAUUGAUAAAAGGGAUAACCAAGGUCGAACUGCGCUCUCUCAUGCCAUUGAGAGAAUGAAUAAAGAUGAAGAACUGGAAAGUUUGGCACGAAUAAUCAUUGACGCUGGUGCUAAUGUUAAUUUAGCAGAUGAUAAAGGACAAACGCCCUUGUUUUAUGCAUUGAGUCCUUCCGCCGUACGCUUGUUAAUAGACCAUGGUGGAGAUUUAACUCUUCGAAACAAUCAGCAGGAAACCGCCUUGAUUCAUAUUUUGGCUAAGAAAGAUUAUUUUCAAGAUGACCUAUAUUUCGACUACGACGAAGGGUCACAUUUAUGCGAGCAGUGCGUUAGUGCAUUUCUCAAUUACGUAGACACUACUUACGUAAACGCAAGAGACAUGUAUGGCAGAACAGCAAUGUUCUCUGCAGCUACAACAAUUGAUGAUAGUACAAUAUUUGAAGUUAUAGCGGCGACGCUUGUUCGCAAGGGGGCUGUUGUAGACGAUACCGAUAAUAACGCCAUGAGCGUUUUAUCGUAUUUCGUUGAGAGACAUUGUUGUAACAGUUUUAAGGAUAACAGAAAUGUUUCAGAAAGACUAUCAUUUUUUAUCAAGAAUGGCAUACGUAAUUCAGCAAUCUUCACCUCAGCAUUGAGCUAUUUGUAUGCAAUAUUACCAAACUACUUUCACAGUUCUAAUACAUUGAAUAGAAGACAGAUAUUUCCGAAUGCUAUAUCUGUUGCAUACACAUACGCCAGUCAUGAAGUGCAAUGUAUCGAUUCCUUAAAUGCACUACUAGACGACGAAAGAAUACCAGAAGCMAUGGAUUUAAUGGUGAUGUUAGGUGUCAAUCCCAACAGUGCCGAUUCGUAUGGAAACACUGCCCUUCAUUAUGCCACUCUKCUUCCAUUCCAUGGGGUAUCACAAGAGAACGUAAAGAAAGUACUGGAGACGCUUAGAAACCAUGGGAUACGAACCAACAUCAGAAAUCAGGAAAAAGAGACGCCUCUACAUUUCUGUCUUUCAGAACAAGCAUGGAAACUAGCAAGCGARAAAGACACAUGGAGUGGAAUCAUGACAGUGGUGGAGAUUUGUGAGUUUCUUCUWCAWGAUGGYUCGCUCAUUAGUGAAACAACGRSAAGUGGAARGACUGUGUAUCAUUUGAUUAUGGAAUUGWUAYMACGUGGACUAUCURUGAAUGAUGKGAWRAUUCGAGAUGUUAUUUGUUCRAGUGCUCUAAAACUGCUUAAAUUGUUUUCCAAAACAAGCGGUGAACAAUUAAAUGUCCUAAAGAAGAUGGAUUGCAAACUUAACUCUCCUCUACAUCUAUGGGCUUCCCUCUCUCUCCCCACAAAUCAAAACUAUGACGAUCCUUUGACGGAAGGCCUUACUUUUAAAGUUCUUCUUGACACKAUAUUCAAUUACAUAUKGAAGCCCGGAAUGUCGCCAAACCCAAGGAAUGAAGAGGAUCAAACGCCUCUUCAUCUAUGCAAAACAUGGACCGCCGCUAAACUCUUAAUAAAUGYAGAAGCGAACACAAAAACUGUUGAUAGAGAAAGACGGCCUCCUCUCUUAAAUGCUGCAAAACUGCAAGUAUUUAAGAUCAACCCAGGACAUUUCUUCCCGGAUGUCGGCGAUGAUCAGAAAGCGUUUUUUGAAGAAUGCGUGGCUUUACAUCUUGAUGUCUGGAGCUCUGACAGCGAAGGUCAAUCUAUAUUGACAAGUGCACUGAAGUCAGAAGAAUUUAAACUGGCCAGUGCGCUGAUUGAAGUUGCUUGUGAGAUAAACCAAUCGAUAUUGAAACAUCUGAUGGAGACUAUAUGUAAAGAUGAGUCCACACGUGCUACCUGGAAAAGUUUGCUUAUAGAAAAAAUACUGAAGGCACCGAAAUCACCAUCCAAUAACGACCUUGAUGGUGGGCUUUUCCAUUGUUGUAAGAACAUUAAAGAGCUGCACGAUCAAGGGCAARCCUUUCAUUGGCAAGAAGAAAGUGGAUUUAAAGAACCUCCUACGAAAAAGCGGAGAAUCGAUGACCUUAAAGAUAGUAGCUCMACYCAAUUUAAUCUUGAGGCUAUUGAUACAACGUUAWCAUCUGUUCAUGUAAGCAUUGCAAAACAACUACUUUUGCACGGGGCGGAUAAUAAAAUGUGCAUGGAUUUGUGCAAAGAUUUUCAASAACUUCACUCCUUUCUGACCAAAGAAUUCGACCUUGACAGCGUGMCCAUGAUCAUUCCAUGGACUUCGUAUUCCAAAACUCACGUAGGCAAACUUAAAAGAGUUUCAAGAAAGCAAAAUGUUGRCACMRUUGGYACCUACUGGUUUCAUAAAGAACCGAUAGGAGGUGGRUCGUUUGGUCAUGUUUUUGCAGGAAUCARCCAAAACGAUGGAAGAGAAGUUGCAAUCAAGAAGAUUCAUAAACUACGGCUUGUGCGACCAGAGGAUAAAAGAGAGAUAAGAAAUCUGACCGCAUUGGCAGACUGUCAAAAGGUUGUCAGCUAUAUCUUCUUCGAUGACAGUGAUAAGGACUUUGUGUACACUGUGUUAGAAUUGAUGGAGGGAAAUCUAGAGGACUACUUUACAAGUUCCUCCUUUGAUGCCAAUCAAAGUGAACUACUAUGCCAAGAUGUUGUUGAAGGACUGGCAUAUUUGCAUCAGCACAAGCCAAAGCCAAUUCUUCAUCUUAUCAUAUCUUUUGGAGURUUUUUAAUCAUUUACAAGCAUAAAAAUACUGGAGAUGUUUACAUUGCUGGGCAGCCUGUGGUCAAUGAAGGUUUUGAAGAUUCUUCAGGAAUGGCGAAGGAACCUUCAACUGAAAUUGGAGUUAACGCUUUUUCUACGAUGGCCACUUCUUCGUGUUAG